AUUCUCCGCUACGCCGUGAUUGUCAUGUUAACCUCCGCAGGCUACCAGCACAUCACUUUAAAAGAAAACACUUCAAAUCUCAUAUUUACUCAUCGACCUACCGACCAAACAUCUGCCGGAAAAGAUGGAUGAAAGUAUCCUUUCCUCAAUAUACAAAAACGAGUCGAAAAACUGUGAACAUUCGAAAAAUCUACCCAUUUUCAUCCGAGGAAACGUGAAUUAUGGCAUGGGAAGAGGAGGGAAAGAACUUGGAAUACCUACUGCUAAUUACCCAGAAGAAGUUGUGGAAAAGUAUUCUAGUCUGAUAAACACUGGUAUUUAUUGUGGAUGGGCCAAGGUUGAUGGUGGUGAGGUGUAUAAGAUGGUGAUGAGUGUAGGCUGGAAUCCAUACUAUAAAAACAACAAAAAAUCUAUGGAGACACAUAUCAUUCAUGCCUUUGAGAAUGAUUUUUAUGGGUCACAAUUAAGUGUUGUUAUAACUGGUCACCUGCGGCCUGAAAAAUCAUAUCCAUCAUUACAGRACCUUAUAGAUGCUAUACAUAAUGAUAUUAGCCAAGCAAAGGAAGUUUUAGACGAGCCGGAAAAUAAAUCAUACAUGACACAUUCAUUCUUUACUUGCAACGAUAGUGCUAGUACAAAUAAUGAAUCUCAAAACAGGUCUUGAAUAAAACUCAAAUAAAAAAGAA